AUGGCUGACACUGCACCUAACAGUAACACUACAGAAACUGCUGAUGCUUCAGCUUCAGCUUCAGAGUGUUGCUAUACAUACGACGUCGUAAUAGUAGGAGCUGGGAUAAUAGGAUUGAGUAUUGCUAGGCAUUUUUUACUCCAUUCUUACCUCUCAGUUGCCAUUGUUGAUGCUUCUACUCCUUUAUCUUGUGCUGCAACUGGUGCUGGGCAAGGCUAUUUAUGGAUGAUAAAUAAAACUCCAGGAACUGCUCUCUGGGACCUGGCUAUGAGAAGCCAUCAACUAUGGCAGAUGUUUGUUGAUACUUUACAAGAUCAAGGCAUUGAUCCUCUCCAAACAGUUGGUUGGAAGAAGACAGGGAGUUUAUUAAUUGGUAGAACCAAGGAAGAAUCAGAUCACCUGAAAGAAAGGGUGCAGCAACUAGCAGCAGUAGGACUCAAAGCAGAAUACUGGCCUAGUAAUAAAUUACUGCUUGAAGAACCAGAACUUGCUGUCAACACUGAAAGUUGUGCUGCCUUUUUGCCUGAGGAUGACCAAAUUGAUGUGCAUGGAGCUGUUAGAUCUAUUGAAGAGGACAAUAAGUUCUUCAUACCACUUAACAGAUAUGCAGAGUUUUACGGUGAUGCAGCUGUAUGUUUAUUAAGAUCAAGCAAGGAUGGAAAGAUUGAUGGGAUCAAGACUAAUAAAAAUAACAUUUUGUAUGCCAAGAAAGCCAUUGUUGUUGCAGCUGGUGCAUGGACUAGAUCAUUGAUGAACAAAUUAACUAAAGAUCUUGAUGUCAAGAUUAAUGUUCCUGUAGAACCCAUGAAGGUUUAUCUACUUGUGUUUGAGAAUUUGAAAUCCAUACUUACACUGAAUCAUGCAACUAUGGAAGCUGGUUAUGUAAAUUACCAAAGAACAUCAAAAUCAGCUGAUUCUGUUUCAAUGACUGCAGCUUUUGAUGCAAAGGGAAAUCUUCUAGUUGGGAGUAGCAGACAAUUUGUUGGGUUUGAUAAAGAGCUAGACAUGAAUAUUGUAGAGCAAAUAUGGGGUCGUGUUCAGGAGCUUUUCCCUGCUCUGAAAAAAGUCUCCUUGGAAAGUCUAAGCCAAGAAAUGAAAAUCAGAAUUGGAUUUUGUCCUUACACGCCUGAUGGAAUGCCGAUUAUUGGAUCAGUUCCUUCCAUGCCAAAUGUGUAUCUUGCAACUGGACAUAAAGAUGUAGGAAUUAGCAUGGCACUAGGUACAGCUGAAUUGAUUGCUGAUAUGGUAUUGGGAAAGUCCUUGGAAGUUGAUCCUGUCCCAUUUGCUGUGGAAGAUCGAUGUUGAUGAAUAUGUGAUGGCAUUGUUGUGAUACUAAUUUAAAAAUCUCUUAUCUUGAAUAAAUUGAAUUGUGAUUUAAGUCCAUAUGAUUGAUGAUCCAACAAAGGUUCAUAUCAUUAAUUUUAAUGUUUUUUAUGUCUUCUUGUUUUAAGUCAAAAUAAAAAACUGCUAUAAAUAUCAUUUUUAUUGUCUUUCGUUUUUUACCUUUUUCUAUAUUAUACAAUAUUAUUGGUAACUUAUCGA